ACGGAACACUAACUUCACGCCAUUUUGAGAAGUCGGCCAGCCAUUGAGUAGCUAACGUUAGUUGCCUCUGGGCAAUGUGAUCGACCUCUUUUGAAGCUAUGCCGAAGACUUAGUCGUUGUAAAACAUUGCCAUCACGUUAUAUUUGAGCGUUUGUUCAAUUAAUAUUACAUUGCUAACCUACAUUACUCUUCCAGCCAUGUCUACCGACGGAGCAGCCGACCAGGCAGCGACAGAGUAUAUUCCGGAGAAGGUGAAGAAGGCAGAGAAGAAGUUGGAAGAAAACCCAUAUGACCUUGACGCAUGGAGCAUUCUGAUUCGUGAAGCACAGAACCAACCAAUAGAUAAAGCUCGGAAGACAUAUGAGCGACUUGUCACACAGUUUCCAAGUUCGGGCAGAUUCUGGAAACUAUUCAUUGAAGCUGAGAUCAAGGCUAAAAACUAUGACAAGGUAGAAAAGUUGUUUCAGAGAUGCCUAAUGAAAGUCUUGCACAUUGACCUGUGGAAAUGCUACCUCUCUUAUGUUCGAGAGACCAAAGGAAAGCUGCCCAGCUACAAAGAGAAGAUGGCCCAGGCCUAUGACUUUGCUCUGGAUAAGAUUGGAAUGGAAAUUAUGUCUUAUCAGAUUUGGGUAGACUACAUCAACUUCCUCAAAGGAGUUGAGGCUGUGGGCUCUUACGCAGAAAAUCAGCGAAUCACCGCAGUGCGUAGGGUAUACCAGCGAGGUUGUGUGAAUCCCAUGAUUAACAUUGAGCAGCUCUGGAGAGAUUAUAGCAAAUAUGAAGAGGGGAUCAAUGUGCACUUGGCCAAAAAGAUGAUUGAGGAUCGAAGCAGAGACUACAUGAACGCCAGGAGAGUUGCAAAGGAAUAUGAGACUGUGAUGAAGGGGCUGGACAGGAACGCUCCCUCAGUACCACCUCAAAACUCCCCUCAGGAAGCUCAGCAAGUCGAGAUGUGGAAGAAGUACAUCCAGUGGGAAAAAAGUAAUCCGCUGCGCACAGAAGACCAGACUCUCAUCACAAAGAGAGUGAUGUUUGCGUAUGAGCAGUGCCUGUUGGUACUCGGCCACCAUCCUGACAUAUGGUAUGAAGCCGCACAGUACCUGGAGCAGUCCAGCAAACUGCUGGCAGAGAAAGGGGACAUGAAUAACUCCAAAUUGUUCAGUGAUGAAGCAGCUAACAUCUACGAACGUGCCAUCGGGACACUAUUGAAGAAAAACAUGCUUCUGUACUUCUCGUUUGCUGACUAUGAAGAAAGUCGCAUGAAGUACGAGAAAGUCCACAGUAUCUACAAUAAACUACUGGCAAUUGAGGACAUUGAUCCCACAUUGGUCUACAUCCAGUACAUGAAGUUUGCCAGGAGAGCAGAGGGCAUCAAGUCAGGUCGUACCAUCUUUAAGAAGGCCCGAGAAGAUGCACGGACACGUCAUCAUGUGUACGUCACUGCAGCACUGAUGGAGUACUACUGCAGCAAGGACAAAUCAGUGGCCUUCAAGAUUUUUGAGCUUGGUUUGAAGAAAUACGGUGACAUUCCAGAGUACAUACUUGCCUACAUCGAUUACCUCUCACACCUUAAUGAGGAUAACAACACCAGAGUUCUGUUUGAGCGUGUCCUCACCUCAGGAAGCUUGUCUCCAGAAAAAUCUGGUGAAAUCUGGGCUCGGUUCUUGGCUUUUGAGAGCAACAUAGGAGACCUGGCCAGUAUUCUAAAAGUAGAGCGCAGACGAUUCACUGCCUUUAAAGAUGAGUAUGAAGGCAAGGAAACAGCCUUGCUUGUAGAUAGAUACAAGUUCAUGGACCUAUACCCCUGCUCCACCAGUGAACUCAAAGCUCUUGGAUACAAGGACGUAUCCCGUGCCAAACUGGCAGCCUUACUUCCAGAGACAGUGGUGGCGCCUUCUGUGCCUGCACUAAAGGACGAAGCUGAUCGUAAACCUGAGUACCCCAAACCUGACACCAAUCAAAUGAUCCCCUUUCAACCACGUCACCUUGCUCCUCCAGGUUUACACCCUGUCCCUGGUGGAGUUUUCCCCGUCCCUCCAGCUGCUGUUGUCCUAAUGAAGCUGCUCCCUCCACCUACGUGCUUCACUGGUCCCUUUGUUCAAGUGGAAGAGCUCAUGGAAACUUUCAGGAGAUCCACACUUCCUGAGACUAUUGAUGCUGCUGUAGAGCUGAUCACUGGUAGACAACCUGAUGCUCAAGGAGAAGGCAAUGGAUCCAUGGAGAACCAUGCGAUUGCCAAGUCACUUAAGAGGCCUAAUGCAGACUCUGAUGAGGAAGACGACAAAGGAGCUAUAGCUCCGCCCAUACAUGACAUCUACCGUGCACGCCAACAGAAGAGGAUUCGAUAAACAUACACUAAACCCUGUAAGAAUGUAAACAUGGUCAAAAUGGGUAAAUGUUCAUGUCCACAUUUCUGUGUCUGACAGAGUAUACAUCCUUUGAUCUGUAUAUUACAAGCCAACAUACACACACACACACAAACAUAGUGUAUGCUCAACUGAGUGUUUCUGUGGAUUUUUGUUAACAGUUUUUAUUUUUAAAGACUGACCAUGAUCCUGUACAAAAUUUUUAAUUCAGUCACUGAUUUUGGCACACAGCUCAGCUUUGGCCUUGUGAUGUUCCAGUGAUGGGAAAGUGGAUCCAACCUUUUUUUAGAUAAAUAAAGGAAACACAUUUCCUUCAAUAAAAGUGGUAAACAACUCAA